AUGCAGGAGACGGUCCAGGUGGAGAUCCGUGAUCUUGAUGACUUGACCAGCGGGGAGGAGGUCACAAUGGCACUAUUUGCGGGAGAGGACUGCGACGCUGCGCCCAGAAUGCGGAAAGCGUUUGGAGGAACGCAAAUUGCGACGGUAAGCCUGAGACCCGAGCACGCGCGGAGACUGCUCGAGAAGGGCAAGAUCCGAAUUGGAUGGGUAGUAUGCCGCAUCCGGGAGAAAUUGGAGCCGAGGCGCUGCUAUAAAUGCAUGGGCUUCGGUCACACCUCGGCAAGAUGCCGCGCUUCUGAAGCUACGGCCAAAGCCACACAGGAAGCAUGCUUCAAAUGUGGAGGCACCGGCCACAAGCACUAUAUGUGCAUCAGGGCAAGCCCAGAUGCAUUAUAUGCACGCGAGGUGGCAAGACCGCGAGAGACGCAGAGCACGCGACCCUGA